AGUAGUUUAGCCACAAGCCAGUUGAACUCUUCAAGUCAGGAGUAUUGGACGUGUUCGAGUCUUUUUAAGCCACAUUAUUAUUGUAUAUAUUGAAAAAGAAGUAUAUUAAUUUUUGUUGAAAGUGUUACAAAUUUAUAUUAGUGUUUUCGACAUUCUUCAAACAAAAUUAAAAGUAUUAAAAAGCCAAUACUAAUAGGAAUCAAAAUGAUGAUCAAAGAACAGAAUAAAGGAAUUAAAAUACUCUCAAUUGCAACUAUCGUCUUUAUGUUUUUAACAACCAUAUAUGCCGAAGAAGCAAUUAAUGGAGAAGAGAAUAGGAAGAAUCCAAACAAUAUUCAAAUAUCCACAAGUAGUUUAUAUCAUCCGAAAAUAAAACGAGCCUGGAAUCAGCUUCAGAAUGGUGGAUGGGGAAAACGCAAUUUUGAGGAAAAUGAAGAUGAAGAAUCAAGUGAUCAAUGGAACCGAAGGCUUAUGAAAAUGUAUGCUGAACAAUUACUUGGAAACAAACAAAAUGAUGACGAUGUAGAGUACUAUGAUAAUGGAAUUGACAAGCGUGCAUGGAGUCAAUUUAAUGGUGGAUGGGGAAAAAGAGACUGGAAUCAAUUAAGAGGUAAUGCAUGGGGUAAAAGACGAGAGUGGAAUAAACUAUCAUCGGUAUGGGGUAAAAAAUAAAUGAAUUCAUCAAUCCAAUAAAUGUCUGUCCAUUGUUCAAUUGAUAAGAGUCGCAAAAUCUUCAUUGUUUGACAUGAGAAAUAAAGGUAUUUUGCAAAACGAUACUCUUCGUUUUAUCUUCGAUAUCAAAUGUGAAAAAAAAUAUACAUGAGAGAAGA